AAUUUUACCGAUACAUGGUAGGCAAGAUGGCAUGAUUACAAUAAUCAUGUAAACUGUUAUUUUCGUAGUGGCAAGAAAUUUAAUAGGAUGAGGACACAAAAAUAUCACUUCUCAAACACCAACUUACAACGUUAUAAUUAUACUUGGUGUGUGUGUAUGUGAGAGAGAAAGAGAGGGGGGUUUGUGAUGCCCCUAUUAAAAUAGGUUGUUCUCAAGUAUUUUAUUUCCUCCAUAUGAUCUAAGGCCUACUACUCUACACACAUCUUAUCUCCCAAAAAGAAGCCUAAAUUUGAAUAUUCUAUCCGAGAUGAAUCCCGUAGUAGAUGAAGAAAAGAAUUGGCUGAAUCUUAACGUGGGCCAAAAGCUUCAAGAUUCUUGUUCAAGAUCAAAAACAAUUUCAGGGAAGAAAUGCCGUUUCUGCAAGAGGAAGUUCUACAGCCCACAAGCACUUGGGGGUCAUCAAAAUGCUCAUAAAAGGGAGAGAGAUGCAGCAAGAAGAUACCACUCCCUUAACAUGGACACUAUGUUCCCAACUCAUCGAACACUUGGUGUGCAUACACACUCGCUUCCAUAUAAACCAACCACAAACGAAGGGAAAAUGAUAAUGGGUGGGUCUGGAGCUACAUGGGCGAAUGGUGAAGAGGGAGUGGGUUCAAUGUGGAGUGGAAGUUUUUAUUUGGAUUCACAAAUGGCGGCUCCUCAGCCGUCGGAUCAACUCUCACUUGAUUUAACCCUCAAGUUGUGAUUUUGGUAAUCUACUUUAUGUAUGUAUAAACUUUGUUGAUUAGGUUUAUUUAAAUUGUGUAUGUGCUUCUUCUGAUGAUUUUGUUGUGAGUGUGUGUGUAUGGGUUCUUUAAGUUUGUAUAUAGGUAAUGAUGAAUUUAAAUGAAAAAGGAAGUGGAUAUAUCAUAAAAUACAUCCACAGGUUUACGAUAA